AAAGCUAACCCGGUUCGCUUCUGCACACUAGAGAAUCCCCGACCCCAAGUCUUUAUCUUUUUCGCUGAAGCACAAAAAAACUCGUAACACACAUCUAGAAAUCCUCUAGAACCUACCAAACCCCUCCGAUCAUCUUCUUCCUUGCUCGAAUCGGAAUCUCCGCCGUCAUUUCCGCCGCGCAGAGCGAAGGACGAAGGAGAGCGGAAGGCGAUUCAGCGAAGAUGCUGCACAUGUUCUUCGGCGUGGCGUUCUCGGCCGUUCCUUUGACUCUGUACAUCCCUCCGGUGAGAAGCUUGAAUCUGUUUGUGGAGAUCGUGGAGGAUCUGUGCAGGGAAUCGAGGACUUACACCGGGAGGGUUUAUCCUCGCCUCAGGCGCGCUUGGUCCAGGAUCUUCAAUUCUCUGAUUCGGAAUUCGGUUUCUGUUUCUGGAAGGUAGGUUAUUGUUGCUUUUCUGUCAAUUUGGAAUUCCUGUAGAUAUUGCUGCGCCUGUUUUUGGGCUCUAACUUCAUCUCUUGAGUUUCUGGGUUAUUUUGCUUUUUAUGAUGAAUUUGGUGGGACUGGUGGGAGUUUUUUUAAUUCCUGAGAAAAGAAUUUGUUGUUCUUGUACAUGAUGAAGAGAAUACAGUGUAAUCCUUUGU